CGUGUGGUUCAUAUAAUCUAGGUAGUGUCGGUGACGAGAAAAGAAAUAUUUACAAUAAGUCCCAUUUUGGAAUUUCUUAUUUUACCGCAAUCAAUUUGUAUGGGUGCAUUUAUUAAGUGAGUGAUGGUCUUCACAGUGAUGGUGCUGUGCUGCCCUUGCAUACUGAUCUCCCAGAUAACGCAGCUGAGAACUGUCAGGAGGGUAACUGUAGGAGAGUAAGAAAACAUCAAUGCACAACAUCCCUGUUGUUGCACCUGAUUGACUCAUCUGGGGCCUGUGUGUUGGCAGAACUGCAUCUCUGUGAAGAACUGAGCACAGCAGAGCCUCUUCAGCCAUGAAGAAGAGCAGGCAGUGGGAUGUCCGGAGAGCUGUGGCCUUAGCCAGCAUCUUUCAUUUUCUGCAUUCUUACGCCACGGCUUGCCUUAUCCCCUUCCUAACUCUGUAUUUCAGACAGCUUGGCCUGACUGCUUCCAUGACCAGCAUUAUAAUGGGGACCAAGUAUUUGGUCGGCCUGGUCUGGAGUCCCGUUUCUAGCUUCCUGGCCAAGUACUACAACAAAAGAAGAACAGUCAUUCUGACUUCCCUUCUGUGCUCGUUGGGAGCUGGUCUUAUUCUUCUCCUGAUCCCACCUUCAGAUACGAAAGCCGCAGGCGAGUACUGCAAUUUUACUCUGUUAAGGGGCGCUGAAAACACGGGGACGGUUAAAGACGACACAUUUGCCUUUGGAAAUGUUACACCCGCUCAAGACUCCUUCAGAAGUACAGACUACGCUCCCCCAGGCACGCCGUCCCUCGCUUACAAGACUCUGACGCCUUCUACACCUAAGAGCCACGGCAUAACCCACACAACUCAUGAUUCCACGCGUACCGAUGAAGCGGCCACUGCGCUGCGCCUCCGUCUUGACACCCCUUCGGCGGCAAACCGGGCGUCCAAGGACGUCGCCCCCACGGCUCAGCUGGGCCUGCAAACCGAGCCGAAGAAAGUGGGCUCCGCCAAACCGAUCGCCGAGGAAGGAGAGGACGCGAGGCAGGCCCUCGGAGGAGUGGAGCCGGCCGCCCGCUGGUCCAAGGACGACGAGAGGGAGCAAGACAAGAUUUCAGGCCCUGCGGCAGCGGGCCGGUCUCCUUCAAGAAGGAGGGUGAGGUCAGCGGAAAGGACCAGAGAAGAAGGGAAGGAGGAGCAGGGUAGCAAAGGGUUUCUGGGCAGUCUCAAUGUUAUGGACGCUCAGCACCAGCUGUUCUUCCUCGUGCUUAUCGCGGUGGGCCUGUGGGAGGCCCUGGCGGCGCCGCUGGAGUGGACGGUCGACGACGGCCUGUACGAGUACCUGGAUUUCGUGGACUCGACCGAGCGGUAUGGCAAGCACAGGUUGUGGGCGCUGCUGGGGGCAGCGUUCGGCGUCUGCAGCGCCGGGCUCCUCGUCAGCAGCCUGGACUGCUUCAUAGGCGCCCACACGCCCAGGAGCGCGGCCCACUUCUACGCCUACGCCCUCGCCACCGCCUCCGCGCUCCCGGUGGCCGUCUUCUUGCCGAUGCACUCCAGCGGCCAGCGGGAGCCUUCGCCCCGGGCUCUCAGGGCCCUGCAGCUGGUGAGCGCGGACAGCCGAGCCGUGCUGUGCGCGGUCGCGGCCUUCGUCCUGGGCGCCGCCGCGUCUACGGUGGACAACUUCCUCUUCUGGCAGAUGCAGAACCGGGGCAGCCACGAGCUGCACAUGGGGGUCGCCGCGGCCGUCGCGCUGCUCGCCGAGAUCGCCCUCAGCUUCUUCCGCGGCAAAGUCCUCAGGGUCCUGGGCCAGACCGGGACUGCGGUGUUGGGGACUGUGUGUCUGGCCUUCCAGUGCCUCUACUACUCCUUCCUUUGGUCCCCCUGGGCCGUUCUGCCUAUUCAGGUUCUAAGCGCAUUCAGCAAGGGCGCCAUCUGGUGGGCCCUGGAUGCACAGUGCGACGACAUCUCCAUGCCAGGGAUGGAGCGAUCUGUCCAAAGAGUUUUUCGCUCCGUUUCCACGGGCCUUGGAGGUGGCUUGGGCAGCUUUGCUAGCGGAUUUGUAGCCCAGAGGUUUAGCUUAGAGGUUCUCUACAGAGCAACAGCUGCCACUCUGCUACUGUGGUCUGUCGGCUUCCUGAUAAUACAGAGCAGAAUUCCUCGCCAGAAGAGGCUGAACUACUCGCGGCUCUUAGCAGCUGAUACCAGCGAAGUAAGUGACUCCGACUCGGACCAGGAGAGAGACUGGUUUGUGAAGGCAAUGAAGGAUGAUUCAUUGAACAACAAUCAUUAAAACCAGCCGACCUGGCUGACUUGCCAAUGCGCUGAUGGGUACCAAAGUGUAUUUUCUUUGCAAAAAAAAAAAUGUAUAAAAAUACAGGAUAGCUUUUUUUUAUUUUUACGUGACAUAAAGGAAGUGAGAAUCACUUCAGUGAGUAGAAUGGAAUUUCUGUGCCUUUCAGAAUGGGAACUACCCACAGUCCAAUUUGCACUUGCAGAUGAUGUAGGAGUGCAGUUAAAAAUAGUUUGCUGAUGAGAAAGAUCAAUUUAAUAUGUUGGGCAAUGAAGUAGUAUGUGUUGGAUGCAUUAUUAUUCAUCUGGGUUGCUUUGGAGCAGUCUUACUGCUUUCUGUGAAAUAAUGAAAACUAUUGACAGAGAUACCUAACCACCUGAAUUACUGCUCAGUCAUUCAGAGGCUUCAGCUGCACAGAAAUAAGCCUGUAUUUGCAUACACUAAUAUGGAAAACAGUAUGGCAAGUGCAGAAUCUAAUGGAAGUGUGAGUCACAGACCCAGUAAAAGGAAACAGGUGAGACCUCCAUUAACAGUAUGGGCCAGCUGCCAGUCCCUAAGCACUUGGCAUUCACAAAGUAAUAGAACAAUUCUGGUGGUUUGAUAAUAUAUCAAAGAAUCUUUACAUACUUUGAUCUGAACAGUUGAAAAAAAAAAACUGGUUCCCUUUGUUCACGAAUGCAGUAUAUCCAGUAUUUGCAUAGCCAUUUGCCAAACCUUGUGUUCUUCUGAAGAAAACAUGCACUUUUAAUUGCAAAUGACGUGCAGUUCUAUUAGCUGUGGAGGAACGAAAGUCCUGUAUCUAUAUGGUCCCAUUAGCCCUCUUAAAAGGGUUAUUGUUUGCAAUGAAUAACUAUUUUCAGUGCCUCUGCAAAAGCAGUGCAUCUUUCCUGAUUAAAUAAAAUAUGAAUUUGGCAAGGUGCAAAGUGAGCAUGCCACUAUCGGCUUUUAUCUGAAGACCUGCUUUUUUACUGACCACUAAUAGUUCAGUUUAAAGUGACAGAUAAACUAUGAAGCAGUAAAAAGAAUGAGAAAAAUUCAGGUCUUUGAGUCUAUUGCACAUUUCGACAACUGAAAGGAGGUCAUUUCUGUCCUCUUCACAGCAAUGUCAUUUGAACCGAAUACUGGGGACCAUUUGGUUGUGACUACUUAUUAUGUCGUGAAGUGAAGAUCUGCAGAAUAUUUUUUCCCUCGUGUUUGCAGUGUGUGAAAGUAACACAUCUACAUAAUUAAGCAGCAGUGAGGGUGUCUUGCAGGUGUGAAGCCCAGCUGCUCCUCAGUUGGACUGUUAAUAUGUAAUGGGCGAUCAGUUUUCCUUUAUUUGCAAAGUCCUUUACAAUUCAAAUUACACACAUGGUUAAGAGGUAUUUGAUUUGCAUUUUGGUGUUUCUGGGUCUCUUAGGAAUGAGGAAACAGAGCACACUAAUAGUGUUCAUACAUCACAACUUCUGAUGUACACCACCAAAAUGAAUAAGUGCAUUCAAAAUAGGAGGAUCCAUCUGUGUGUAAUUGAGCAUCGUGUUGCAUUUGGUUAAAUGUUAUUAAUUUUUGUGUAAUUGGUGGCUCGUUUUGAAUGGGUUUGCUUCAGUAUUGUGAUGGCUCAGUUCACUUGAGCUCUUUGAAGGGUGGUUAUCUGUCACUGCUGCGGAGUAAACUGAGACAGGGGGUCCUUCUUAAGUUCACCAAAACUCUGGUAGCCAACAAGCAAUGCCACUGUGGUACUGAAGCUCAUCUUAUUUUCUGGAGUUGGUCAAGCCUGUGGUGAAUGCUAAGUUAGGUGAACUAACUCAUCCAAAGAAUUGUUUAAUUACUGUUUUAAAACCCUUAUAGAUGUUGCACCUUAUAGAUCUUGCACAACCUGUCAUUGUAACCUUUUGUUAUGUCAAAUAAUGAUGAAGGCAUUUGGAGCUGCUUAUGUUCAGACCUUUCAGAAUACUGGGCUUCACAAGUCUUUCUUUAUAAAGUGGUUUUACACUUUCUUUUUGAGGUGAGAAAAAUCUCUCAACUUUUAUUUGGGCGGUUCCUUAUCUAUUGUUUGUACUAUCUGUUCCUCAGUACAGUGGAGCAGAAUUUGGAAAUCAUGUAGAACCGAUAAUUAUUUACAUAGAUUGACAUUAAUUGUCACAAAUAAUAAAAGAGGAAAAUCA